AUGCUUUCUAAUUUCGUCAAACUCAGAGGUCUAUCCGUACCAGCACGCAGUGCGCCGUGUGUGGUACAGGCGUGCCGUUCGAUCAUGACGGAUUCACUGUCGCAGCUGACGGAAGAUCAAGUAGCGCUGAGAGACUCUGUGCACAAGUUUGCCAAAGAAGAGUUGGCCCCGUACGCAAAUGAAAUAGACAGAACAAAUAACUUCGACCAGUUGAGGCCUUUUUGGAAGAAACUGGGAGACAUGGGCUUGUUGGGUAUCACAGCUCCGGAGGAGUAUGGAG